ACUUGAAAUAUGGUUUGGGUUGUUACACAAUAAGUCUGCAAAGUGUGUUUUUGUAACAACAAAGACGUUCACCAAAACAGCUCAGUAAACGUAGAUGUCUAUCGUCACUAUUAAAAUGAAAAGAAUUGAGGACUCGGUGAACAAGCAAGUAGAAAAGAAACUCGUAUUGGAGUAUUCCUCCAGGGCGCUGAACACAACCGCUAUUUGCCUCAUCUGCAGACUGCUAAACACGUGGUAGGCUGUAUAAGGCAAAGGUAGAGAGGUAGAGAAGAAGGUCGAGUCCGCUAGGCUCUAUGCUGGCUUUUGGUAGCGUCACACCGACCAGAAUCGGAGAAUCUGAAUCCGAGCAGAUAAAACAUUUUAUUUACUGUGCGCUGAGAUGGUACACUUUUAUUUUGAAGGCGAACCGGUAGUUAUCUCAAUGCCAAACCCGGCACAUGCCAAGUCUAAAGCUGAUAUCUGCAACUGAUACACAAUAUUCAGCAGCUGUACUGAAGUCAAUGAAUGAGCAGAGAAAUCAUGGAUUAUUUUGUGAUGUCACCAUCAUUAUACAGGACAAGAAAUUCAGAGCUCACAAAACAAUCCUCUCUGCUUCGAGUACAUAUUUCCACCAGCUUUUCAGUGUAGCCGGACAAGUGAUCGAGUUGAAUUUCAUCAGAGCAGAAAUCUUUGAAGAGAUUCUCAAUUACAUUUAUAGCUCCAAGAUUGUUCGUGUCCGCUCCGAUGUGCUUGAGGAGCUCAUAAAUGCUGGGCAAAUACUGGGAGUCAAGUUCAUUGCUAACUUGGGGUCACCUUUAUCACACGUUAAGGGUCUGCCUGGUUUGUCUAAAGAGAUGGAAAACAAAAGUGACCCAUCAACAGAGAUGAUGCCGAUCAUCACAGAGUCCUUCUCUAUAUCUGCAGAGGAAUUCAAUCAGACAAGCGGGCCUGCAGGUAAUGACGAGGAUUCGGACAGUGAUGUUAUGUUUGUUUCGCAAACAUAUGCUCAAACCAGAACAUCUACUCAGAAAGCCAACUCUGAUGAGAUCAUUGACUUGGAUACAGCUGAUUCAGAAAAUGUAGACUCAAAACAAAGUGCAGAAUCAAAUAAUUCAUUUGAAAAACACAAAGAAAGAGCCACAGACCCUUUGAGGAAACAUUCCACCAAGCCUCCCAAUGUUAGUAUUCGUAAUCCCAAUUUACCAGACAGCAGGCCUCUGCGCAGUCCAGACUCCAGCUCCAAUAACUCAUCUUCUCCUGCCAGAGUUUCCUCAGGAAGUGCUCCCACAACACCAGCCAGGUCAGGCACCUUCACCCCUGAGCCCUCGAGUGCCUCUCAGCCUUCUGAAAACAGUGAUAUAAUGGGAAUCCACAAGAAGCAAGUCUCUUCUUCAUCCCAGCAAGGGGAUUCCAAAAUAAGGCUCUUAGAUGUUUCUGAAAGCUCAGCUAAUCAGGCUAACAUUUCCAAAUCAGCUGUAGCUGCAAAAAAGACCGUGACACUCAAUACAGCUACAGAGAUUGCUUCAAUUUCUUCAGGCUGUAAAGUGUAUGCAAAUAUUGGAGAAAAUACCUAUGACAUUGUCCCACUGAAGGAAGAUCCAGGUGAAGGAGGCUCUAAAGCCAAUAAAGGGAAAAGAUCAUUAAUGGCGACACCUUUGAAACCCUUUGAUAAAGUACCAGUGUCACUGAAGAGCAACCCAAACAAGAAGAGGAGCAAAACUGAGCUUGAGGAUCACUACGAGCUGGUCAUGGAUGGAAAGACUUUCUACGUCUGCAUAGUCUGCAAGCGCCCCUACGUGUGCCUGACCAGUCUUCGCCGUCACUUCAACACCCACUCAUGGGAAAAGAAGUACCCGUGUCGUUACUGUAACAAAGUCUUUGCUCUGGCUGAGUACCGAACUAAACAUGAAAUCCACCACACAGGAGAGAGGCGGUACCAGUGCUUGUUGUGCAAUGAAAUGUUCAUGAACUACCAGUUACUCUCCACCCACUGCAAGCAAGCCCACAACCAGGAUCCCAGCGGGAGGAAAGAGAAAGAUGAUGCUGACAACAACUUGUAUCGGCUGCUGCCAUGUAAAACAGUGCAGAUGAAGUCGUACUCGUGGACUACUGAUGGGCCAGGGGUCCCUGUCAUCUCCGAGGAUGGAAGUGUACAUCAUAUAACAACUGCUGGCGAAGAUGUCCACUCUUCCACCCAGAGCAGGAUGUUGAACUGGGAUGACAUCUUCAUUGAGCCUGAUGCUCACAUGCCCCCAGAUGUGCAUGCUGGACCGGGAUCAACCAUGAACACUCCACCACAGGGAGUCACAGAGUUUGACUUUGUUAUACCAGAGACCUAUUGAGUAACACUCAUUAUUCUUACCUGUGCCUUUUAGGUGCCCCACCCUUUUCCCCUCUUUGGUCCCAUGCCAACAACAUUCUUCUGUAAUUCUGAGUAGUGUCAGCUCAAGGCACGGUCAUAUUAGCCUUUGUUUAGUACAAUAUUACCCCACAAGCACCAUUAAACAGAUCCCCACAGUUGAAGUUGGUCAGAGGUGAAAUCUAAACUGAGUCCACCAGAGCCAGUGGGAGAUUGCACCAAAACAGGAAACGGAUCCUUGAAUUUGUCAGUUGUGCUGACUACAACUGAAGUGAUAGACAGUUGAGGUCAUUGCAGGAUGGAAAUGUAAUGCGACCGUGCCUGUACUCUCAUUACAUUGCAUUUGUCAUAGCCUUGAUCUUUUGUAUCACUGGAAUGAAUGGUAAUCAGUACUCACAGAAGGGUUCACAUGCGGUAAAAUAAUUCAUAUGAAUAUAAAAAUUCCAUAUAUGGAUCAAACUAAUCUUGGGAAAUAAGGGAAGGUUAAAACAUAAUAUUAAAAAUGCAAAAAAUAUUUAUAUAUUAUGGCACGUUACAGCUUUUGCAGACUCAAACUAAUGUUCAUGCGUAUGUUCCCUUUGGUCUUUCACUUUAGAUUCUAUAUCAGCUGACUAUUUCAGCUAAAGCAUCUUAAGCCCAAAGCACUGAAAUGAGACCUGUUGUUCUCACUUUUCCUUCAGCAGUUUACUGAACAUGUCACUUAAAUCGGUUAAAGACAUUGAGCGUCUCUCUGAGCCCCGUUUCAUAAAAUGGAAAUGGGGAUUGCUAUUAAACAGCGUGAAACCUGAGCUGAUGGGUUUUGUGUGUGAUCAGGUGACAUUGUUUUUCUUUGGUCAGAGCACAUUAAUGCAUUUAUUUGUAUAAAAUGCCCCACAUUGACAUAAAACAAGGUUGGUCAAAUUUUAAACCAAUCACCUGAUGAACUUGUGAAUUGUCACUAGUUUUGAGGAUAAGGUGACAAUUUUCAACAUUGUGGGACUGUGAUCAUUCUUGAUUCCUGUAUGAAAUCAGUUUAAAGCUAAUUCUCUAUAAGAGAAUGUUAAUUAUGUCAUGAAAUAUAUUUUCUAAUUGUGUUAUUGUUGGUGAUCCCACAUCUGGGUAUUGUGGCAGGGAACAUAUUCAAUGCUUAUUUCAUUUUUCAGUGCUUGGGAAAAACAAAUAUGGCUUAUUUUGUCCAUUAAGCACCUUCUGAUUUAUUCUUAUGCACUUGUAUUUUUAUUUGCUAUGAUUGCCAUGUUAUUUUUUUAUACAAAUGUUAUUUUAAAGCCAAAAUCCACCAGCUAUAGGAUAGACUAUAGAUUUUACGUACAAAUGUGAUAGGCUUGACACAAACUGAGGAUUAUUUCAUGCUAUACAGAUAGCACUUAGCACUGAGUCAUGCUGAAGACUUUUCUGUGUAAUAUAAAAAUUUUUUAUUUUUACUGUGUAUCCAUUGUGUCAGAUGGUAGUAAUUGGUCAGUCUGAGUAAACAAGUAGGGCUAACAUGGGAAUCUAACUUUAUAUCAUGUCAUUCAGUAAAAUCAGCCUGGUUUCGUUCUUUAAUAAACAGAUUAACGUUGGUGUGUGAUUUACAGUAUAUAUUUAUUAAAGCUACCUUUUUACUGUAUGUGUUUAUUAGGUUUAUAGCAGACAAAAUGGAAUAGUUACAGUAAAUACUGUUCAUUUUCUGUCAAUUAGCAAAAAAGGUUGUCUGGUAAAUAAAUUAUU